GGAAGCUACGCUACAAAGCGAAAGUUCGAACAAAAUGGCCGGUGUACUGUCAAAGACUAUCACUGACGACUUUUUAACAUGCACAAUAUGCUUAGAAAUCUUUAGUGAUCCGAAAUCACUGUCGUGUCUUCACUCUUUCUGCCUAGAGUGUUUGCAGAACACGGCAAAGAAGACACCACGAGCACGAGGGGCAUCUACAGGCAUCCUUCAGUGCCCUUUGUGUCGCACGGAAACCACCAUCCCUAGCUCUGGCCUAGAAGGGCUGAAGACUAAUUUUCUCCUUCUCGGCCUAGGUAGUCUGCUAAAGGAACAGAAAAGUUUUUCACAAAAGGCGACUGUCUGUGAGUACUGUUUGGAAGAUGGCACAGAAGUACCGGCCUAUGCAAAAUGCCUUGAUUGUGAAGAAUUUAUUUGUGAACGCUGUGCAAGGGUACACCAGCGUUCCAAAGCAACGAAAGAGCAUGGGAUUGUCACAAUGGAUGACUUGAAGAGCGAGAAAGGGCAAAAUACCGUUCGUUCCCACUGUCGUGUUUUGUGUGCAGCUCAUCCAAAAGAACAGGUCAAAUUCUUCUGCAAGUCCUGUGAUAAGGCAAUCUGCGUGAACUGCCGUCUGCUCGAUCAUAUAAACCACGAAUGUGGCCAACUUGAAGAUCUUGUCACAGAGUUUAAAGCAGAAAUCGAAGGGCUGAUUCCUGGCGUCAGUACGAAAAUGGAUUCAGUUCAACGAACACUGCAAAAUGUGGACCAACUGCAGGAAAGCGCCGAUGAUUACUCCGACAAAGUUUCAUCUGAAAUCAAAGAUCAGUCUGCAAUGCUACACGCUAUCAUCAACUCCCUAGAGAAGCAAUUGUUGGACAAGGUAGAAAACGGUAAAGCCCAAAAUCGAAAGCAGCUACAGGCAUACAAAGAGGGUCUCCAACUCACUCUGGCAGCCAUGGAAAGCACUACCAAAUACGCAGUGAAUUUGGUCAAGUAUGGAAACCCAGCAGAAAUUUCCAGCAUGAAGACUCAGUGUCAGGAACGUCUUAUCCACCUUCGAGACGUCAAAGUAGAUGGCCUGCCAAAUUUACAAAAGCUGGUCUUCAAAGCAGGUGCGAAAGCCGGUGCCGAUAGGAAUAGGAUAAUUGAAGGCUUUGGCAGGUUACUAACAGAGGAAGAACUAGAAACGGACCAACCACCUGAUUCCUCAGCACCUGCUUCCUUGAUUGACUUAACAAAUACGGAAGCCUCUGAUGAAGAUAAACGGAAGAACAGAUUUUUGGUGGGUUCUCUCGAAGGUAAGCUCAACGCAUGUGAUCCCGAGGGUCGCCAUGAUGCGCUGUGCACAUCAAACAUAUUGCCUGUUCUAUAA